AUGAAGUUCUCGCGGGUCCCCGACAGCAGCUCCAGAGGUGGCAUCAAGAGAUUCAUGAGCCAUACGCCGGCCUGGAGACCUGCCGGAGAGCUGCCCUGGGCGAAAGCCAACCCAGAUGGGUUCAAAAAGGGCAACAUGACGGAUUUCCCACCCUCGGCAUUUGGAGGACACGUUUAUGCCCAGGCACCUUUGGUUGCGGCCAAGGCGGUGGAAGAGGAGGACAAAUCCGGCAAUGGAGCGGGCAAGCUUGGCAUCCAUUCCAUCCAGGGUGUCUUCACAAAGCCCGGAGCGAUGGAUCGACCGUUUGUCUACGACGUGACAGACAUCCACUCAAGUCGCACGUUUGCAACCAAGCUUGUCCAGGCGCGGCAGCCUACAGAAGCAUCAAGUCAGCCGAAAGGGCCGUACCCGCUGUCUGACGCAGAUCGGCCACUGGGCGACGUCAGGUUUGCCUGUCUAACAACGUUCAAGCGUCCCAUGCCUUCUCCCGCAGACGAGCAGAUGAAGUCGGCGCAGGAGCGAUAUGCCGACAUCCUCUCGCAGCGCGCGCCAGACGAAUGGGAGGCCAGUCCUCAGCUGGACGUUGAGGCCGUCACGGAUCUGUUCCCCAACGCGGGCCAUGGGGGGUUUCCGAUGCUGGACAUGUACAAGGUCGACAUGAGGGCCUACAACGCUGGCAAAGAGGUCCCGGAUCGGCGUCAGCUCAUCCUGUAUCGGCCACACAAGCCAAUUGCCCAGGACGAUCCCAAUGCGCACAUCGUGGCACACGCGUUUGAGGCGGACCGCAACGGACUCAUCAUGCUGACCAACCAUCUCGGCUGGGGCUACACUCUCGGCGCUGCGGCCAGCUUGUCAUAUGCCUUCUAUGUGCACGUCAACGCCGAAGAGGCCGUGAUGAAGGGCGAUGGAUGGUGGAUUCAGGAGGUGUACUGGCCGAGAACCGCUGCGGGCAGAGGGCUGUUGGAGAGUCGGAUAUGGAGUCCGGAGGGAAUCCAUGUGGCGAGCGGGUAUCAGGACGGGGUGGCGCUGCCGUCACAGAAGGGGCUCGAGUGGAAGAAGAAGGCCGAGACGAAGCUCUGA